AUGCCUUCUUUUUCAGCAAAGCUCGUCUUCGUGCCAUGGUUAUGGAAUAAAAUGGCAUUUAUCAAACGGAAAACGGUCAAAUUCUCAGUGGAUCUUCAAGUAUGUCAUUUAUCAGAUGUUCCACUUGUGAAUGCAACAGUAUUCGGAAAGAUGAGAUUGCUCGACGGAGGUUCAUUUGAAGAAGCUACAGAAAGGGUUGAAGUCAAAAAUCACAGUGCCUCGUUCAACACACGUUUCGUUUUUUGCUGCCGGAUUCCAUGUGAUCAGAACUCAGGGACACUGGAAAAGUGUUUGUGUCGAGUGUCAAUCAGGAAGGAGCAAAAAGGCGGAAAGUCGUUUUACAAACUCGGAUUCGUGGAUAUCAACCUUUCCGAAUAUGCGGCUUCUGGUGUCGAAGGAAUGUCAAGAACCUAUCUUCUCAAUGGAUACACCAGUAAUCAACGGCUGGAUAAUUCAAAAGUGUGCAUCAAGAUUGCGAUGGCACAUCAGAGCGCUGAUCCUUUUUUCAGAGUACCUCGACUAUCAAACUUUGGUCCACGGGAAGAUGGUGCAAUUGAUCAGGAUGGAUUCAGAGCCGACGAUGAAACAGAUUCAGAGGAAGGAACGUCAUCCCAUCCAAAGCCAUCGAUGAUCGAAGCUCCAGAAAAUGCGUCAGCGGCAAGUAAUUCACAAAUGGAAGAACCUUAUAUCGAGCGACGUGGAGUUCACCAAGGCCCGCACCAAGUUUGUCAGCAACGGAGAUUUAGUCAGGACCGUUCGGCGCACAAAAUUCAGCAUUCACGAUUCGAUGCUGACAACGUGAUCAACAAGAUCAUUGCCGAGUGCCGCAUCUCAGAAGACGAAGUCGAAGGUAACAAUGCUGGUCUUGUUCUAGAGAAAUUUUUGGAUAAGAAUGGAAAACCUCUUGUCAAUCCACGUCCGCCGACAAAACGGACGUCUUAUGUAGCCGAGCAUUUUAAUGAUAAUUGA